AAAGACAAUUGAAAGAGGUUUAACAUUAGGGGCUCGGGCGAGAAAGUCUUUGCCUAUAACUACUAUACCAUUUAAAUGGUAUAACCACAAUAAAAUAAUACUUUCCCUUAAAGUGGGCCAAAAGAUGCUGAAAAAAAAAAGGAAAAGAUUGUAAUAGUGGCAAUUAAAAUGUAGAGAGAGAAGGAAAAAUUUGCAAUUGCGCCAAACUGAUUUCGGCAAUUGUUAGGCGGCAAAAACGACGAAUUUAAUAUACCACAAAAAAAUUAAAUCAAUGAUAUUAUCUUUAAGAAAUCAUCUUGUUCUUCAUCUGUUGCAAAAAAUAUUUGCUCUUCCCACUCAUCAAUGUUUCUGGAAAAUCGAUUUCCUUAAAUAAAUCUGUGAAUUAUUCGGUUCACUCCUCAAUUUGGAUGAUUUAUCAUCUCAUCAAAUUGGAUAAAUUUGUGGAUUAUGAAGUUCAUUUUCUACAGUUGAAGAGAUCUGGGCUUGAUUUUGAGUACAGAUCUCAGUGGUGUGGUGGUGUGUCGUAAUCGGUGUUGAUGGAUAAAGACGCAACUGUGGGUGGCAGGAGGAGAAGAUUACAAUUGGAACAGAAGUUUCGCUGUUCUUCGACUUCCCCACUCCGACUUGCCUUGUCGACGGCGUUCACGAAAUCCAACACCCAGUGUCAUGAGGAAGGGACUAGUUCAUAGUCAUACGAAGAGAAAAGUGGGGAAUAAUGUCAUUGAAUAUGAGGGAACUUCAAAGACCAAAUACAAAAAACACAAAUCUUUCGAGGACUUUGGGGAUGAUGAUCUGUGUAAAUACUUCACCAGUGACUUGAGUGUACUUAAACCUAAUCAUAAUCCGCCAACGAAAAAGAGUAGGGCGGUUGUAGAAGAAGAUUCGUACGAAGACGAAAGUCAGGGUGAGGGUGAUGAGGACUAUGAAGCUGAGGAGACUAACUAUGAUGAAGUUGAGAAUUCAGAUGAGGAGUACGAUGAAGUGCCAGAGCGAGAACCACAUCCAAUUAAGAGGGGAUACAAACAAGUAGUUUCUCGGAAAAUAUUACCCCAACAAGGUGUAAAAAGGAGACGACUACCUACCCCAAAGCCACGGCCACAGGAGCAGCAAUAUGUUGUGAGAAGAACCAAAGGUCUCUCAACCGGGGAACAAGUUAGGAGGGGAGAGUUAUGUGUUGCGACGCAACUACAAAAAUGUCGCAACAAGCAACCAGCGGUCAUUUGCCGUGUUGAUGCAUUUUCGAAGUUGAUCAAAAGGUUUGAUGCUUCUAGAAUUGAAGUUGUUAAACAUAUGGGUUUUGGUGGGAUGCUAAAGUUGAAGUUGACCCAACUCUCGCGACAGUUCUGCUAUUGGUUAAUGACUAGGGUGGAUGGAGUUGCCCAUACCUUGGUUGCAGGUGAUGGCAGAGUCUUACCGUUGUCCCCAACACAAUGGAAAUGCGUAUUUGAUCUCCCAAUGUGAGGUAAGACGGUUCCCUACGAAGAGAAUGAUAAUCAGGCGUUGGUUGUUAAGGCUGGGAAGGUGUCUCGGAAAUUUACAAUUGUAAAUGGAGAGGGAAAGGAAAUGGUUUCGUUGCGUUCAGUCAUGGAUGCGGUAGUCGUAGAGGAUGAAGAUGGCAACGUCAUCGAGCUAGAAACCGAGUCGUCCCGUAGCGAAUUCCGUACUGCUUUCUUGAUGGCGCUUUUGGGUCUGGUCAUAUGUCCUUCGACUGAUGGAUCGUAUAUGUCUAAGCCCUUGAUGCAAGCAUGUACCGUGGCAGACAGAUCAAUUGAAUACGAUUGGUGUACGUUAGCCCAUGAGUGGCUUAUGACUAAGUCUUGUGAGUUUACUGAGAAGUUUGAUAAAGCAGGGUUUGUGGCGGGAUGUGGUGGUUGUACUCUGUUCCUUUUGGUAGUUUUCCAAACAUUUUCCCCCAUAGUGAAUGUGUAUUUUCGUUUUUUAACUACAUUUAAAUAAAUUAUUAACAUUGCAUUUGGUCAACAGAUAUUCUACUUAGAUCAUUUGAACAGGCCUCCUCUGUCGUGGAACGAGUUUCCAAGGAUAGGAGUUUGGACAACUGAGCAUGUCUUCCUGGCUAGGGGUUUGGACAAGAAGGAAAAUGACGAAUACGGAAAGCUUUCAGUAAGUUGAUCCUUUUACAAUGAAUCACAAAAUUUAAAUCAUGUGUAGCAAACUUAUUCUGGUUAUUAUUUUUGGAAAUGUUUAAUGUUUA